AUGCCUGUGGAAUGUCUAUUGUGCAUGUGGGGUGGGGUCUACCAUCCAGCUGACUUCCUGUUUUCCACCUGCAGAUCACCUUCUACGAGGACCUAUGAGUGCAGCAGCGACUGCCCCAACCUGCAGCCCUACUACCUCAGCUGCUGCAACUCCAUCCAUGUGGACAGCAGCUGCUGGAUGCUCCAUGAGCACCCCAACUACCAGGGCCACCAGUACUUCCUGAGGCGUGGUGACUACCCCGACUACCAGCAGUGGAUGGGCGUCAAUGACUCCAUCCGCUGCUGCUGCCCAAUUCCUUAUACGAGUCUUACGAUAAGGCUGUAUUACGAGUGAGAGGACUAGGGAGGCCUGGUAUCCGAGCUCACAGAGGACUGUUCCUGCGUCCACAACCACUUCUGGCUCAAUGAGGUCCACUCCUUCCACGUGCUGAAGGGCUGGCGGGUCCUCUACAAGAUGCCCAACUACCUGGGGCGGCGGUACCUGCUGCGGCCAGGGGGCUACAGGCGCUACCACGACUGGAGAGCCCUGGAUGCCCGAGUGGGCCCUCGAUUUGUACUAGGCUGUGUUUUUCUUGUUCAGAUCCACAUAGAAAUGCACUAA